GUGUGUGUGUGUAUUUGUGAAUGUGUAAAAAUGCAGACACGAUAAAGGAACAAAUGAGGGCGGGCGCACAUUUCGUGAGGAUUUGAAGGGAGAGAGGUACCGUGGGUUCUUCCCUCUCCCACCUUUUUCCCCUGUCACUCUCAUUGAGCGCUAAGUGAGACACACCAUCUUCUUCCCCGAUUCUCCACAGAACGUGGGCUUUUUUUAGGCUGCGGGAAGAGCUCGUUCAAUAAUAAUAUUUGAGAUUUUUCACAACAGGGAUAAAAAGAAAAGAAAGUGAGCGGUUUUUGCAAAAAGUGGAGGCACACAAGGAAUUCUGUCUAAUUUGAAAAGGUUUGCCUGCAUGGACAUGGACAUCUUUAUGAAUAAGGACUUUGGUUUGACUGGAAACGUUACUCAAGCAACAGGAGGACCAGAAGGCAACAAAGGCCAAGGACUCAAUCACAGUGACCCACUGGACAUGUUUGUUGGGAUGGAGCUUCUUCAACGGUUCAAACCUCUUUUUUUGCCUCUCUACUGCCUCGUGGUGGUUGUGGCAGGUGUUGGAAACUCAUUUUUGUUGGCCUGCAUUUUGGCAGACAAAAAGCUCCACAAUGCCACCAACUUCUUCAUUGGUAAUUUAGCGGCAGGCGACCUGCUGAUGUGUUUAAGUUGUGUCCCACUGACUGUGUCUUACGCCUUCGACAGCCAUGGCUGGGCUUUCGGACAACCUCUCUGCCACUUGGUGCCCUUGCUGCAGUGUGCCACAGUGUUUGCCUCGGUGCUUUCACUCACAGCCAUUGCUGUUGAUCGCUACAUUGUUGUAGCUCACCCAGUAAGGAAAAGAAUUUCUGUCUGGGGCUGUGGUGCAGUGACUCUGGGUGUCUGGCUUUUGUCUCUUGCCUUGGCUGCACCUCCGUCUUUUUACACACGCUACCUGGACCUUCGUCCCAGUGGGAUCGACUUGGUGGUGUGUGAGGAAUUCUGGCCCGACAGCGGCAAUCUGCGGUUGUUAUACUCCUGCUUCAUCCUUGCAACCUCCUACAUGAUCCCGCUGCUGUCCGUCAGCAUCUCCUACUGCGCCAUCACUGUUAGCCUUAAGCGCUAUUCAGUGCCUGGGGAGGCAUCCAGCAGUCAACAGCGCUGGAGUCAAAGAAGAAAAAAGACCUUUACUCUGUUGGUGGCCUCAGUGCUAGCAUUUGCACUGUGCUGGCUGCCUCUUCAGGUGCUGAACCUUUUGCUGGACUUGGACCCAGAGUUCCUUAUCAUUGGGAAACGCUACAUAAACGUCCUGCAAGUUUGCUGCCAUUUAGUGGCUAUGAGCUCUGCGUGUUACAACCCUUUCAUCUACGCCUCUCUGCACAGCAAGGUGCGCAUGCAUCUGAAAGGCUACCUCUGUCCUUGCCGCAGUCGUCGAGGGGAAAUGGUUGAGCGCGCGCCGUCCAGGAGCGGAGUGUUUGAGGCGACUUCAGUAACAGCUCCUGUCAUGCAAAGCCACAUGAUUCAUCCUAACAUUUAAAUUGAUGUUCAGAAAUAUGAGAAAAUGCCAAACACAGGCUCAGUGUUCGUUUAAACCAUUUUCCCUCAUGGCUUUUCAGCUUUUUUAUUAACUUCAAGACAUUUAGUCCUGUUUUGUGUCUCACCACAGAUACCACAAACAGGCAAUGAUUUAUACCAGGGUGUAUGAUGCCAAGCUUCAUGAUGACGUACGAGACGGCCUAAGCCAUCCUUUUGGAUAUCUGUGUUUUUCUUGAAUAGCAAAGCUUGUGGCCUCGACAUUCAGCUGACUGAAGUUUUAGAAAGCUCAGCAGAGGCAUAAACCAGCCCUGAGGCUGGAGACACAUGCUGAAGACUGAGGCUCAGACUAGUGACAAUGGAUAAAAGCACUUCAGAAAGCAGGCUGAACAAUGAAUCCUUCACACCAGAUAUGGAGUACAGGCCAAGAAGAGGAAAAGUGCAAAUGAAGUAUAUUUCUUUUAUUAUACACAUGGCAAAUGUGUAUUUUUUCUUUCUUUUGUUUCUGCCUCGCUUGCCUUAUAAAUCGCCUUGAUUUAGUGAUGAAAUGUGCAUUAACUGGCUUUUUUUUUUAUUUAUAUAGUGUGCUAUUUUAUUUAGAUGCUUUUACUUCACAGAGACAUCUUUUCAAUUUAGAAAUAUUUGUUUUUGUAAAUAGUGUACAUUUUCAGGUUAUGAGGGAAAUGGAUUAAAACAAAGAAAAAAAACCACAAAAAUCCAAAUGAUUGCAGUGCCAGUGUUCGAAAUGUCAGAUUCAUAAAGAGUUGAUAAACAGUAAUUUGGAUGUGUCUGGAGAAGCUAAAUUCAUUUAAUACUUAUCUUAAUAUUCAGAGCAUAACCAGAACAGUCACUCAUAAGCAUCUCUGCAGUGACAUCACUCUUACUGAGCUAUUGUCAAGCAUGAUCAAUGGUUUCAAAGCACCUAUGGCAAAUCAUUUUUAAACCAGAAAAAUAAGUUAUUACGAUUACUUGACCUCAGUUUUUUGAUUUUUUUUUACACAAAAAUAAAAGAGUAGAAUAAUCUAAGAGUGAAAGGGCUUUUACCAAAAUAGUACAAGAAUAUCUAGUCUGCUUGUCCAACAGCAAUCCCAAAACACAUGAACUAUUUGGUGAAGGUACCUGUAGGAGCAGAAACACCCAGCACAGCAUAAAGGCAUUAACAGCUCCCAUCGACAGCGGCGCAAACGCCAGCUCUUACAUUUUAACAAUCAUAUUACCGUGCUGCGUGUUGCCCGACAGCUGAGUCCUCUUAUUGAUUUAUAGGAAUAUAUUCUUCGGCGAAUUCCUUGUCAAGAUCCACCUCUAACAAAGAGUGAUUUUAAUCUAGUGAUUUUAACUUGGUUUUGACACGGUUGGAGACUUAUGGUUUAGAUUUGCUAAUAAAAAUAUUAAUUAUAGUUGGGGCUGUCUCCUAAUGUUCUUUCCAUGCCUAUUCCCUGGUAACCUGAGAAAAUAAAUAUUUGUUUAGUAUUGUUAGAAAGUGUUUCAAUAAAAUGCAGGAAGGAGAAGAAGAAGAUCAAACUUUCACAGAAGUCAGUUGAUGUAAUAGGGGUGGAGAGGGAAGUAAAAAUAAACAGUAAAUUUUC